GGUUGUGGCCGGAAGUCUCUUGGAGAGGGGUGGCUCCGCGUGACCAGAGUCCGCGUAGGAGGGGUCAGAGGCCAAGUCCAAAAUACUAACGAGGCGAUGGGACUGGCUGGUAGACCGAGAAACUGGUAGGCUGAAGCGGCCUCAGCGGCGUUCCCAGAGCGGAGGAAGGAUUUUCCUGGAGAGAAUCUUCACUCAAAGAUUUGCUGAUAGCCAAGGAUGGCAAGCAAGGGGCCCUCAGCCUCUGCAUCCCCUGAGAACUCCAGUGCAGGGGGACCCAGUGGGAGCAGCAAUGGCAGUGGCGAGAGUGGAGGGCAGGACAGCACCUUCGAGUGCAACAUAUGCCUGGACACAGCCAAGGACGCCGUCAUCAGCCUGUGUGGCCACCUCUUCUGUUGGCCAUGUUUACAUCAGUGGUUGGAGACCAGACCUAACAGACAGGUGUGUCCAGUUUGCAAAGCUGGCAUCAGCCGAGACAAGGUGAUCCCACUCUACGGCAGGGGCAGCACUGGGCAGCAAGACCCCAGAGAGAAGACACCUCCUCGUCCUCAAGGCCAGAGGCCAGAGCCAGAGAAUAGAGGGGGAUUUCAAGGAUUUGGAUUUGGAGAUGGUGGCUUCCAGAUGUCUUUUGGAAUUGGGGCAUUUCCCUUUGGUAUAUUUGCCACAGCAUUUAACAUAAAUGAUGGGCGGCCUCCACCAGCUGUCCCUGGGACACCUCAAUAUGCAGAUGAGCAGUUCCUGUCACGCCUCUUCCUGUUUGUGGCCCUCGUGAUCAUGUUCUGGCUCCUGAUCGCCUAAUGCCAGGCUUCUGUCUGCAUCUACAGCAGAGCCUCUGGACUGGUGAUGUGCAACCCUCAAGCCUGAUAUUUGGCUUCCAGGCUAAUUCUGAGCAUAGGAGUCAGUGGGGUCAAUAACACUUCAAGGAGUCUAGCUUCUCCUACAGAGUUUGGAGCUCAAUAACCAGUUGGCGAGGAGCCCCAAGUAUCGCCACUGCUAUAAACACCCUUCUGUAACCUCAGGCUCUGGUGUUGAGUUCUCUGUCAUGGAUGGCAGCAUGAAAUCCUGUUCCAGCCAAUUCAGCAGGUCCUGACUGCACAGAGAAGAGGUGGGAAGAAAAUUUCACCUGAGUUUUAUAUCACAAAAACAAAGGAUGAACCAAAUGGUAUUUAUGGACACUUACUUUCAUCUCUUUAAAUACCCCUUGGUAACUAGCCUCUGUAGCCAGUGGGGCUCCUCAUACAGAGAGAUUCCUCUUCCAGAUCCUCUGUCCUCACUGUCACAUUGUUUCACAUGUUUUUAUUUUGCCUCCUAUUAGGUUUUGGCAAGCUUUUUAGUGUAGAGAAUUCUGUUAUAAAGAAAUGAAGUGCUCCUCAGUCCUCUUUCCUCCUCCUCGUCUUAGCAGAGACCCAAAAUAUUGCUUUCCCAGGAAGAUUAUAAUUACAGCAGCUAAAGCCACUUCAUUAAUUCACCAGAGACCCAAGGAUCAUUUAUUGGCUCAGCUCUGGGCCUUGCUCAGCAUUUUUGAUCCUAGAGAGCAGCUUGAAUGACCUGGUUUCCUGUAUAGAUUGUCCUCGGUAAGGACAUGUGACUUCACUCACAGAUUUUCUAUCAGCUUUCCCCUCAAAACUAUGUUCAUCUGCCCUCUCUCCCAAAGGGCAACUGGCAUAGACUACUGCUGAAGCUGGGACUGCCUGCUGUCCAUUAGGAAAGAUCUGGAUUUGGGCCCUUGAUGGGAUUCAAAGCUCUAGUGCAGGAACAACUGAACAAGUAGCCCUGUCCCCUACGCUGCAGAAAUUCUGAGUUCAUCCUUCCCCAGAGGAAGCUGGAGGCUUUGUCACAUGAGCCCAGCUGCAUGUAGAAAACCACCAGCCUCAGAAGCCAAGUUGUCCAUUAUAAAGAGACAGUAAGGGGGGUGACUCACUUGUGACCCUGCUUUUGGUAUGGUUUGAUAGAAUUCCCCCAAAACUCCUUGUAUGUGUGCUAAAAUUGGGGAAGUGUGUGACACCUGAGCAGGCAACCCCUGAUAGUUUGUGAAGCCAGACAGCAGGCCUGGUGAACCUUAGCACAAUAAUAUGAUGUGGUCUUCCUUCCUGUGGAAUUCAGGGGAAGUUAUUCUUCCCAAGCCCUUGAUUUCUUUUUUGAUUUUACAAGCUUCAUCCUGAUUGCGAGAGUGUAGUGCCAGGCAGAUAGUUUGCCUACUGGGACAGUUCUGGCUUGGUCUACCAGGCUUCAUCCUAGAAGUCCAGUUUCUUCCUGGAGACCUCCAUGGUGAGGGGAGAUGGACUACUUCUGGGGACCUCUUGCUCAUCUUGCCAAUCCACACCAUUCCUGGCUCACCCCCAGCAAUAGCCAAUAAAUAGUGGAGAGCCCCAGCUUUUUCUUUUCCUUUGUACCCCAUCCCUUUUCCUUUGUACCUGCUAAUACCAGAGUUCAGUGUUUAAAAAAUAUAUAAAGUAUUGAAUAGGUGGUUGGUUUGCCGAAUCCAGUUGGUAAGAAUAAGCCAACAGCUUUAUAGUGUGCCUGAUGGAUUUUAAACGUUGGGCCCCCUCAAGAGUGACCCCCCCAUAUGGGGGGAUCAAACUCAGGGCCUUGCACUUUCGAGGCAGGCAGCAGCACCACUGAGCUAAAUCCACGGCCCCAGUAGCACUCUUUUUAAUCAGCUUCUGAGCCCAAAGUCACAGGGCCCCCUGGAUUGUCUGCUCUGAUGUUACUCCAGUACAGUGGCCCCAUGUAGUGAAGAGAGAGUUAACUUCAGCUAAUUGAACCCAGAAGAAAGAUUAAAGAAGAGUUGUGGGUAGGAAGGCAAAUCAUUUGUAAUAUUUAAUGAAAUGGAGCCCAGGAGAGCCCCACCAGCAAAAGCAUCCCAAGAACUUGUUAGCAAAGCCAGAUUGGCCACGUGCCCCAAUUGUGAACUUUAUAGAUCCCAACUCACCCAACCUCUGGAGCAGGAGAGCUGACUUGGGAUUGCAGGCCCAGCCCUAACGGAGCCCCCUUCCCCAUGCCCUUCUGCAGGCUCCUCACUCCUCUACCAAGGCUGCUUACCUUUCUUUUGUGUCUUCUCCCCCUCUACCCUCUGCCACCCUCAUGGACUAGGACGAGGCCCUAACCACAGUCAGAGAAUGGCAGUAUGUACAGAAGCACACCUUGACCAGUCACUAAUUUUCACUGUUGUGAAAGUGUUUUGAUUUAGAAUUAAAUAAAUGGUUUUACAUUACUGUGA